UAAAAAGGGAAACGCGCGAUCCGAAAACGGCUGUAUUAAUUACUGUAUUCGCUUUUGUCGUUUACUAUUAUUAAAUUAGUAACUCUCUGUAAUUUGAUUUAACAUCGAUCAUGUUGUGUCGAUCGUUAACGUGGACGCUUGUCGUCCUUACAACACUUGUGUCGGCGGUGCCAAUCUCUGACGUAGAUAAUGCCAUAGAAUUGGCUCUGAGGAUUCCAGACAAUGAAUCAGGAAUUAAGGUAUCGGAAUGGACCGUAGACAUGAACAUGAAUCCUGAAGAAUUGGGCAACUACUUGGAGGGCGACAUAAUGGUCGCGGAAGGCACCGCACGAAACGGUGCGAAAGACGAAAAGCUCCGUUGGCCUAAUGGCGUUAUUCCAUACAUAAUUAAGGGUAACUUCAAUACCGCGCAGUUGAAUCUUAUACGUGCGGCUAUGAACGAGUAUGAAAAGUAUACGUGCAUCCGGUACAGUUAA